ACGAGUAUUUAGUAUUGGUACGGCCCACCUCUACCUCGUAGUUAGUCUAGAUAAGGAGCAGUGUCGCAGCAGAGACGAAGCAAAUAACUCUCACAAGCAACACAUCUGAGAUGGGAGGAGAGUCUAGCAAAACCGUAAUAAAAUACGUGCCAGUAGAAAGCCAAAUCGACAUAAAAAGACAACUUGAUGAAUCGCUUGCGGAAGUCCACAAACAAAAAUGUUUAGUGACUGAAAAUAUCGUAGAGCAAAUACAGUUGCAACAAAAUGCGGUGAUUAUGAAGUAUAGUGAUCUAACAGACAAAGGAGAAAUCGUCAAAGAUAUUCGUGGGAUAGUCAAGGGCGAUCAUGCUGUAGAAUUUCUUGCGGAUCAUGCCGAGAAGAUGAUCGAUGUGUUUCAAAACAGCAAAGCGAUGAAGGAAUUACAACGCUGGAAUCAGGUGAAAAAGAUUAAAAGAUGUGGCAACAAGGUUGUUGGUAUGGAGCUACAUUACAAAGUCAUUAUCACGGAUGAAAAAGUGGGUGCCUUGUCUCGUUUUGUUGGUGGAACAAAUGAGACCGUUGUCAUUCUUGCUUAUAAAUACAUCGAACAUGCGCUUUCUACAGAUCCUUCUACUCUGCCAGACGAAGAAAAAUUAAAGGCUCUGAGUUUCUAAAUUACUGAAAGUCAACGAGAACGGUUUUUUUUGCAACAGUAUAGGAUCGAAACUAUUAAAAUGACGGUUGUUAGAAUUUUAACGCCCUAACAGCCCAGCACUUAUUGAACUUUUAUAAUAUGUUCUGUGCUCAUAACCAUAGGAAUUCAGUAAUACUUUUAGAAUAAUGUUAAUUCAAUGGCAAAUAAAAUUUGAU